UGGCAGCUCACAUGGAGCCGUAGCGCAGUACAAAGCAAAGGCCACAGAGCUCAUGUGCAGGGAGAGGACGGGAGGCGACACAGGGAGGUGCGGCCUCGCAUUCUAUCACCACCUCUUCACAAAGGUAGCGCAGUGACUGCCCCCAGCUCGCUUUCAUUUGCCAGUGUCACGGUAUCCAAGCAACAGCGCCAGCGCGCGCACAUGGAGAUGCUGAGCAGCUGGGUCGCAGAACAUCGCAUCGCCGGCUGAAACACGAGCGCUGCUCUCCAUGGGGAAGAGAGAGAGGGCACCGAGCGUGAGAUGUUUGGCGCGGGACUGGGAGGAGAGAAAGCGCAUCGCUGGCAAAUACAAUGAGGCAGAGGCGCUGCUGUAGGAGUAACAACUCUGCUCUUGUGCAAUGGGAAAUCGGCUUGAGACCCGAUCGCUGCUGGAGCCCGAGGCGCUAAGAGCAGGAUUAGGGGAGGCUUCAGGGAUCAGCUCGCCGGAGAUCUGAGCGACAGCAGCGAUCCGUGCAGCUCGACAUGUUCUCUUGGCCAGUAAAGUUGCUCCCGAUCUGCUCGCGUUGGCCGGCGCCUUCCACUUGCUCCAGUCUUCCCGGAGCUGGAGUAACUAACAGAGAAUUGUGAGGUCAGCAUGAUCGCCACAGGAGGUCUUUUAAGGAUCUCCGCUCGAAAACAGGACCCUCUCAGGCAAAAUACUCAAACUCCAAAACGAAAGCGGAAAGCAAAAAAGAAACGCAAGAAUGAUGUGGUUGUCGUAAAAGGCAAACUUAAACUUUGCUCUGUUUCUGGAUUAAUUGCUCUUUUUGGAAUUUUAGUUCUUUUAGUUGGGGUUGCUAUGGCGGUUAUGGGUUACUGGCCAAAAAGUAACUCCGUUUAUAAUGGAGGUAUAGGGUCAAAUCAAGCCAAAUAUGCUUCAGGUGAUACAAAUAACAUUGCAAACAAAAAUCAAUCCCGGAGCCAUCAGAGCAGUAAUGGAUACAAUCAGGACACCUUUAAAGCAAGUGACCAUAACAUUACCAGAAGUCUACAGCAAAAUACUUCACCUGGCUUUUUUGCCGGCCUGUUAUCUGGUUAUUUGCAUUCAGAUAAUCUUAAAGUUUUUGGUCCUUUAAUAAUGGGUAUUGGAAUAUUUCUUUUUAUAUGUGCAAAUGCUGUUCUUCAUGAAAACAGAGACAAGAAAACUAAGAUCAUCAAUUUAAGAGACCUCUAUUCUACUGUUAUUGAUGUUCAUGGCUUGAAAUGCAAAGAUGGAGCUCCUUUGAAUGGUUUUGUGAACUAUGUUCAGUCUCGGAGCAUAGACAUUAAAAGUGGGGAUAGCUUUGGGGCUGCCAUGCUGGCUAAGAGUUCCUGGCAUUCUUCUCUUGGGGGUUCCAUUACUUUCUCACCACCAAAUCUAAGAGAAACAAGGACGUCAUCCCCUAAGGCUUGUCGUCAGCCACUGGAGCCACCAAAUUUGGAUGAUGCAGUAUAUAGUAUUUAUAGAGAACGCUCAGCGUCUGCUUUGCCCUUUGAUACAGUUUCGAGGAGAGAAGGGGAAAAGGAUCCCCUCUCAUUAUCACCAGAGAAAGGAUGGAGUAGGAGCAGCACUUGCUCAAUUGUUGGUUCUUCCCUUAGUGCAUUUACACUGCCCAUUGUGAAAAUAGAUAAAUGCCUUUUAGAAAAGAAAGGAGAAGAUAAAUUAGAUAAUACAAGUGCCAAAGACUUAGGGAAAGAGGAGAUUCAGUUGAGUUUGACAAACCUUAGCCAUGCAGACUUGAACUGGGAAAUUCCCAAGAACAAUAAAAAAUUACUCUUAAGACGGCAAAGCACAAGCUGUCUACCUGACUUCAGAAGACCUAUGUCACCUGGACUUCUGUCAGAUUUAGGUAGCCAGUCUCUAAGUAGCACAGACCUAGACUACAGCUUUCUUGUAAAAACUUCUCCAUGUGGCAAAACAAAACCAGUGGUUCUUACUGAUUCCCUCCCUACAGCAUCGUUAAUGAGAAGAAAUUCUCAGAGUUCGGAAUCAGACCAAUCAAGCAAUAAGGGCUACAUUCACCUUGAGGAGGCAGGAACCUCCUUUGAGUCUAUAGAAACUGCAAACAAUAAAACUCAAGACUGUGAAGAACCCCAAACAAUCCAGAAGGACACAGGCACAAACGAUUACUUUGAAGAGUCCAGUCAAGAACAACAUUUAGAAAUGCUUCAGAGGCAGUAUACCAAUAAAGAAAAACUCUUGAUGGUCUCCAGAUCUCAUGUUAAUUUGGGUGAAAAUGAUUUAGAUGUUACGAGCAUAUAAGGCACGGGAGAAAUGAGUGUAGAAAGUUAUUCAGUCUUUCACCUUCAUGUUGUUUCCUGAACAUACUGUAUUUUUUUAAAUUGCCAAUAUCCAAAGUUCCACACAGGUUCAACAAUUGCUAUGGUAUUGGUAUGUAACAAAGAGAGAGACACAUUAGCAACUUAUUUUGAUUGUAUGUAUACGCCUAACCAAACAGAAACAGCAAGCUAGUAGUUAAUGCAGUUCCUAACAUUUCAAAAUGGUAGGAUAGAUUAUUUUGACAAUACUGUGCACUUUCAUUCUGAGCUUCAGUAAAUUUUCUCUGCUGAUGGCAUGUCACUAAUCGCUUUGUUAUGGCUCUUUGGUUUGGCUUUCCAAACAUGAAGUCAGCAAGACUGCCUUGCAAUUAUAUAAACUGAAUGCUUUUUAUUUUUAUGAAAAGUUGAUUUAAUAGCUGUACAUUUAAGAAUUAGCUCACAAAGUAUUCAGAUACAUUCUAAAAUGACACCGAUUGGGUCUGUUGGAGUGGGACUGUUAGAAUUCUUUUAAAACGACUUGAAAUUAAUGUAAAACAAUGUAUUUGAGCGUUAUGGACAUUAAUGAAGUAGCAUUAAUAAAUAAAGGUUUUGCAAGAAAAUCUUAUAAUGAAAGACAUGAAUUACUUCCAAAUGAUCAGGUUUUAAGGAUGCUACAAUUUCAGCAACGGGCCUAGCUUUUGUGCCAUUUAUAGAAAAGGAUACUUUGUAUCAUGUAGUAUUAUUUAAUAACAGCAUGCACAUUAUGUUGCUUACAACAGCAGAAUAUUGCAUUGAUAAUUAAGCUAUUGCUGGUUACAAUAGACUUGAUUUAUAGGAAUGAAAAACAAGUACAUUGCAUGAUCAAAUCUAUAUUUUAAUAUUUCUCAAGAAUGGAUAUAGAAGACAGGUUUUAUUUACAGCCUCAGAAUAUAUAUUAACAUUGCUUUUAGCAGAACUAAUUAUUUUCAUCAAAGUGCAAACACAUUAUUGAAACAAGUAUCCAAUUUGUUUUACCUUCUUCCUUACUUAGACAUACUAUGUACAAAAAUGCAUUAUAUGAAAAUACAUGUUUCAAUUAUCAUUUAAUUAUCUUUUAACAACCAAGCUGGGAAUAUAACACAGGCUUUGGGUUGGCUUAUUCUUAGAGGGGGUCAAUUGAAGGGGGUUGGUAGAUGCAACCUACUCAACUCAUGGGUUCAGGUGUAAAUGCAGUAUUUGUAGAAGGGAAAACAGAAAUAUAUUCAUGGCAUCUAUUAUUAUCCAGAAGGAUUGAAAAUGCAGCAUUGACAUAUAUUGUCUUAUUUAAGCUAAAAGUUCUUCCGUUUUGACUGAUUUCCCUUUUUUCUCCAAUUAAACCUAGUACUUAAUAUUAGCCUUUUCGAGAAUAAAUUCAUGUUGAUGAUAAAAUAAUAUUAUUGAUAUUUUGUAAUGAUUUUUACUAGCUUUAAGGCAUGGUUUCUCAACAUUAUGGAAAGACCCCUUAUCCAUUCUGGAUAGUACAUCCCAUAUUGCUGUAUAGAUUGAAUGCUUAUCAAUUUUGCCAAAGGAGGAAUAAGGGUAAGGGCCCACGCUUCUAUUUCAGGAGAUUAGUCGCCCAGCGACAAAUCGAUUCUUCGAGCGACUAAUCUCCCCGAACUGCCUUCCUGACGGCUAGAAUGUAAAUCACCAGCGAGAUGGCAAUAGGAGCGCUUCAUUGCCUCAUGAGGAAACUUCGGGCGACUUCGGAAAACUGAUUUACAUUGUAGCUGGCGGGAAGGCAGUUCAGGGAAAUGUCGCCCGAAGAAGAAGUGUUUUGUCGCUGGGCGACUAAUCUCCCGAAAUAGCAGCGUGUGCCCUGGCCCUAAAGUUUGAGACGUAGCUGUAUUUUUGUAAGAAUGUGAACUUUGUUUAGAUUUAAGUAAUUAACCAUAUAAAGAAUGCUCAUAGUCUUGUAAUAUUCUAUUAGAGUGUUGCAGUCGUUAACAGUGGCUUCCCAUCAAUAUGGUUAUCAUGGAGGUCCAUUUGUUUGGUAGUGCAAAAUGUAAUUGAGGCAAAGCUGUUGCCGCAUUUUCACUCUGACCAGAACCCAUGAUAUUAAACACUCAUGUAAAUUCUGGGGGUUUAAAACUUCCAUCGAAUCUUGAAUGGUCAGGGGGGACUUAUUAAAGCAGAACAAAGCUUAAAAUCGCUGGGGGAGGGGUGCGAAAAUCUUAGGAACCCCUCCAGUGAUUAAAAUUGCUUACCUGAUACCUGGGCUGAUGCUCUCGGUGUUUAACAUUUGGCACCUCCAGUAAUUUUAAUUUUAGUUUUCCUUUAACAUUUAAUGCAAAAAAUGUUGAGUACUGGCAAAUUAAACCCAAUUUACCUGCACACACAUGCUAAUAUGGACAUUUUUGCUAAAGGGCUCAGACUUGGACUAGUACACGGCAUAGCAUUUGUAACCUAAUUAUAUUUUUAGCUUUAUGUUGCCUUUACACAUAUUCAUAAUCAUUAACUAUCCAGUGUAUGCUGCUAUAACAUAUCAUAUAGAACAACAUUCUUGAAAUUUAGCCCUUGCAUUCCAUUUUGUAAGCUUGAUAACAAACCUUAAUGUUUGUCAAAUGUUUUAUUUUUUUUCUGACAAAUGUUUCUUGCACCAUGUUAUGCCUUGCUUCGAGAAUCUUUAUGGUUUUAAAUAAUGGAGGCCAGGGCAGAGGCAUUAUGAAACAUGGUGCAUAUUAAGUAAUAGAAUACCAGACAAUAUAGAGAAUGCCAACAGCAUGCAGUUCUAACAUUAUUGUCCAGCAAAGGAGAGCUAUAAUUAAGUUUAAUUAAAAGAGGUUACCAUCAAUAAGACCAGGAUAGCCAUGCUAGUGAAAGAGUUCUCUUAAAAGCCUGGGCCUGGUGCUUUAGAAUAGAUCUCAGCUGCUGAUACAAAAUUCCAUCAUUUAGAAUGCAUUUUUCUGUUACAAAAGCUGCAUCUUGAAUAAAUCUUUUUAUUACUCUUGUGUUCUACAGUGGUUUAAAUAUCAUUGUAGAUGACUUGUGUUUGGAAGAACGAUGUUGACAGUAGCUAUCAACUGUUUUUAUGGUUCCAGAAUAUGGUUGUGAAACCUGAGGCCUCUAGCUAGCUGUUAUUUAACUGCAACUCCUAGGGGCACAUUUACUUAGCUCAAGUGAAGGAUUAGAAUGAAAAAAACUUUGAAUUUCGAAGGUUUUUUUU